AUGCAGGUCAUAAGCAAGCUAAAUUGCGCCCAGGAGGAUCAGUCAGAUAUAGGGGUGAUUUGCCGCAGCAUCAAACGGAGUUUGGGUCGCAACGAUGGGGCCAACUGGCGACACAUUCCCCGCGAAGCUAAUGGUGCCGCUCACAUGAUCACUAGGAAUUAUACAAGACUGGACGAAAGAAUGGUGUGGCUCGAUGAACCACCAGUUUGCUUGCUUGAUCAAUUGAAGCUUGAUGAUGUAGCAGCUGAGUUUUGA